AUGGCAGAUACAUCGUAUCCUUCAACCCAUCAACCUCCUCAGCUUCGUAGUAACUCCCCUCCUAAUCCCCAGACCAAUAUCACCAACAGUAGCUCUGCGAACGAUAACAAUUUACCAAGGCGUUCACUACCCUUCGUCUUCCCUCCUCUCUUUCCCAAAAUUACUUCAUCCACCUUUCUCGUACCAAAUACUGCCGAAGGAAGACCAAUCCCUCUCGACGACUCUACUGCCGCCCAUCGUACCACUGCCCUACGCCAGCUGAGCCGCUCCCAACCAUCCUCCCGCCAACGCUAUUCCAAAGCCAAACCUCCGCCUAGUGCCAAGAGCUCAACGGCCGGAACUUAUUCACAACCCGUCGUAGUGCGUACAUAUCCAGGAGCAUCUUCGUCGUCCUCUUCGACGGUUAAGGGCCCGGUAUCCGUCUCCAGUACCUCGUCUUCACAUAAUUCAUCAUAUCAGCGUAUUAAACGGAAUAGCACAAUGAAGGACAAGAUGCGUCGUAAAGGAACUGAAAAAAGACGUGCAACAGUCGAAGCCAAACUACCGCCUCUUGAAUCCUUCACCUUUAAGAGUAUCAUAGCAGAAAUACAGCAGGAUGUUAAUGCAGACCUCGACCGGAUAGCAGAGAUAUGUGCACGCACGAAAUACUCUCUCAGCAACCAGUAUGAAGUCCAUAUCGCCCCUCAAGGAUCAGGGCCGGGUUUCCUGGGACCCCCAUCUACAUCUUUAAGGCAUCAUACUCCAAUAGGGUCUACGCUACAGUCGGUAUCGAGCGAUGACGAACAUACCGUUUCCGUGCAGAGGAAAAGAAGAAGUGCUAAUCGGCGGAGAAAUACUGCUUAUGGUACUCUAGAAACAAUUAUGAGUUCGAGCAGGUCCUCGGAUGAAGACAAGAGCAAUAAAAAGCCGGCUGCUGAGAUUAUAGAGGAAGCAAGUCGUACUACUACAGGUACCAACGACGAGAGCACCAGUGCGGCCAGUACGGAGGCCCAAGCCAGUAGUGAACAACAGGAUGACCAACAAAGAUCUCUCUCGUCGAAACCAGUUCUACUUGCAACGGCCAUUAUCGAUCGGUCUCGGGGUCAAAUACAAAACACUGCUGCUUCCCCAGGGGCACCGGGGGUGAUCUUGCUAAGCAGUCCUGCGGAGCCACGGACAUCAAAGAAUCACCUUGAAACCAAGACAUCGCCUAUAGGACAUACUGGAAGAUAUUAUACACGCGAACCUCUGACGAGGAUUCCUCAGGCAGUCGCAUCGAAAUCCGUAGCUGCGGCAGACAUUACCACACCAGAAGAGCCAAAAGGUUCAUCAGGUCUCUUGUCCGGGUUCAGCACAUGGAUGUCCUGGAAGGGAGCAAAGCCUUUUUCUGAGGUAGCCGGAGAAGAUCCCGAGGUGCCUAGGGGCUACUCUUCUUACGCUGAAGGUACACUGAGGGAACUGCUCAGGUCAACAGAACAAAUUGAGGGUACAACCAAGAAGGAUAUCAAUACAACCACAUGA